AUGUUAGGAGACGAGGCUACUAACCUGUUUAUUAUAAGUUCAACUAUCCUUGGACUUAUCUAUGGCAUUUUCAACAUCCUGAUGAUCACAAAAGUCCCUGUAGGUGAAUCUGGCGACUAUCAUCGCAAUGACCCACGCUACCUGAAAGAAAUUAUUGGCAUGAAAACUGAAAGGGUCGAAAAAAAGAACAAGAGAACAGGAGAGACCGAAUGGGUUGAUGAAGAAAUGGGCCCUUACCAUGAGAACUGGGACCAGGUCGUCUAUACACUGAACCGCAUUUCACAUGCAGUCUCUGAUGGCGCCAGAGCUUUCUUGAUGGAGGAGUACAAGAUUUUGGCUGUUUUCAUCGCAAUCUUCUCAGUCAUCAUUGCAGUCUUGGUUGAAGAAGAAAUUGGACAGUUUUGGACUGUUUUCGCAUUUGUCCUGGGAGCUGCCACAAGUAUUUGUUCAGGAUAUAUUGGGAUGAGAGUUGCAGUCUUCGCAAACUCCAGAACUGCUUAUAGCGCAAUUAACAGAGAAAACGGUCUUGCAAAUGCCUUUAUUGUAGCCUUCAGAGGAGGUGCUGUUUUGGGCUUCAUUCUUAACUCCCUUGGCCUUCUUAAUUUGCUGUUGCUUAUUACAGCUUACAAUUAUCUUUACCUUGGUGAAGAGUAUGAAAGCGAAAAAGUCAGGCACAUGUAUGAGUGCAUUGCUGGCUACGGCCUUGGUGGAUCCACAAUUGCCAUGUUUGGAAGAGUCGGAGGUGGAAUUUUCACAAAAGCUGCUGACGUUGGAGCUGACUUGGCAGGAAAAGUAGAAGAAGGACUUGAAGAAGACGACCCAAGAAAUGCAGCAACUAUUGCAGAUAACGUCGGAGACAACGUUGGAGAUAUUGCAGGUAUGGGCUCAGACUUAUUUGGAAGCUUCGCUGAAAGCAGCUGUGCCGCUCUUGUCGUUGCAGCUACCUCAGUAGAACUGACAGAGACCAUGUGUGCACUUUAUUUCCCACUAUUGAUUUCGGCCACUGGUAUUGUAUCUUUCUGGCUGAUAAUUGUAUAUAGCUAACUAUCAAUUUAAUACCUUAUUUACUUAAAAAUGAUGUAUAUAUCCAGCCAAUAUCUACAAAAUCAAUAAAGCUUUAUAUAGUGUCCUUUUUCACCAGUUUCUUCGCCACAAACAUCAUGAAAGUUGACAGUGAAGACAAAAUCGAAAGAACCCUCAAAUACCAGCUCUUAAUCUCCACUAUCCUCUUAACCCCAGCCCUUUACUUCUUAGCCAUGAAUGUCCUCCCAGAAGACUUCACCUUUGUCAGAGGUGACGAGGUCAUUGAAACCCAUAGUCUCCACGCCUUCAUUUGCAUUGCUUUUGGCCUUUGGUCUGGCUUAAUCAUUGGCUACGUGACUGAAUACUUCACUUCUUUUGCAUACACCCCAGUCAAAGAGGUAGCAGAAAGCUGCAGAACUGGAGCUGCCACCGAUAUCAUUUAUGGGCUUGCCCUUGGAUAUCUGUCCUGCAUUAUCCCAACCCUCUGUUUGGCUGCUACUAUUUAUGCUUCUUUCUACCUUGCAAGUAUGUAUGGGAUUGCUCUUGCGGCCUUAGGAAUGUUGUCAAACUUAGCCUUGGCCUUAGCAAUUGAUGGGUAUGGACCAAUUUCAGAUAACGCAGGAGGGAUGGUCGAAAUGAUCCACCUUAAGAAAGAAGUCAGACAAAGAACUGACGCUUUAGACGCUGCAGGAAAUACAACAGCUGCUAUUGGUAAAGGUUUUGCUAUUGGAAGUGCUGCUUUGGUCUCCCUUGCUCUUUUCGGAGCUUUUAUUACCAGAUCUAACAUGACUGAAGUCAACAUUUUGGCUCCUCUUCAGUUCGCAGGACUCCUUGUAGGUGCUAUGCUCCCAUAUGCUUUUUCAGCCUUGACUAUGAAAUCAGUCGGAAAAGCUGCAAACCAGAUGGUCGUAGAAGUCAGAAGACAGUUCCAAGAAAUGAAGAGAAACCCACACUAUGCCCCAGAAUACGAAAAAUGUGUACAAAUUUCAACCAGAGCUGCCUUAAAAGAAAUGAUUUUGCCUGGUAUGAUGGUCAUGCUAACCCCUAUUAUUACUGGCUGGCUCUUCGGACCUAGAGCAGUUGCAGGACUUUUGGCUGGAAUUUUGGUUUCUGGAGUCCAAAUGGCUACUAGCUCUGCUAAUGCUGGUGGUGCUUGGGAUAACGCUAACUCUCCCCUCAAGGAGGGGUAAUUUUUUUUUUCAAUUUAAAAAAAGCCCAAUUCGCAAAAAUUGGAAAGCAAAUAUUAAUUGAAUUUGUAAAGUUAUGCUUUAAAAUGCAUGUUGUUUAAAAUUAAAACAGAAUUAGCUAUAGAUUUUAUUAUGAAAAUUAUCAUUUUAUAUUAAAAAAAUUUUUUUUUGCUCAUAGAGGUGGGUUUUUGGGCAAAAUAUAGGAAUUUUUCUAAUGGUUUUGCUCGUUUAUGGAGUAAGAAAUACAUUGAAAAAGAGAGCUUAGUGCCUAAAUCUAGCCCUCAAUUCAAAGAUAUCAAGGCUGCAGCUGUUACUGGAGAUACAGUCGGCGACCCUAUGAAAGACACAUCAGGGCCAUCUCUUAACAUUCUAGUCAAGCUUUCAGCCAUUCUUUCACUAGUUUUCGGAGGAUUCUUCGCUUCAGAUUGGGGUGGUAUUUUAAUCGCUUAA